AUGUCCAGUCACACUUUUAUAGAACCUACAGAGAGGGGGUGGGGAAAGAAGUUGUCUGAUGGAACCUGGAAUGGAAUGAUUGGAAUGUUGCACAGAAACGAAGUAGAUCUUGCUAUUGGUCCUUUCGUUGUCACCGAAGAAAGAGCACAAGUAAUCGAAUACACGAAACAGUUAACAGACAACUAUCUUGGAAUUAUUGGUGGACGACAGCGACAAACACAGUUUAACAUGUUUUCUUUUAUUCUUGCUUUUAACUGGCAGGUUUGGUGUGGAAUGAUUUCGUCGUUUCUACUUUUCACGUUCACCUUAUCAUUGGUUCAGAGCGUUAUCAGUCGACCAGAAAACACGGCUUAUUUCAGACUUGGACGUUUCAUGAAAAUUUGGAGGAAGCUGCUGCUGGACGUCUUCUUCAAUUCACCAGGUUUUAUAGGCACCUAUUUAUCAUGGCGCCUCGUGAUGGGCAUCUGGUGGCUGGCAGUGCUAGUCCUUAUACAUGCUUUCGGCGGUCAACUUAAGGCAGCAAUGGCAGUUCAUAAAGAGCCACCAAGGAUCAACACGUUGUAUGAUCUUUCUAAUAAGCCACACAUUCGCCCUGUUCUGAGGUCUGGAGGUGCAUACUCUAAUUAUUUUCAGAUGUCUCUUGUGGGUCAUCAGAAGAAGGUCUGGUCUCAGUUAAAAAAUCACUUUGGACUUGUAGACCCCAGCGAAGUAUAUACUUUGGCAAAUUUUCAAAGCACAGUCCGGCAGUCUUCGGUUAUUCUCGGAGACUUGGUGUCUUCUACUUACGCUAUUUCCCAGAUUUGUUACCUGAUACCUGGUGGGAAGUUCUAUCUUGGUCGUGAACGUUUCUACAGACAUCCUUUAGCGAUGGCCGUUCAGAAGAAUUCUCAUCGUCAACUUUUAAAAAGAAUUAACACUGUAUUAACUCGACUUACAGAAGGAGGAUUUAUCGAACAUUGGAUUUGGAAAGUGAAGGCCGAUUGGAUGAAAUGUGAAGAUCGUUACAGUGACACUGAAGGAAAAACCCUCAGCUUUACCGAAUUACGCGCUACUUUUGCGAUUUGGCUGAUAGGAGUUACCAUAGCAACGGUCGUUCUCGUUCUCGAAUAUGUGUCGAAGUUAGAUUUCUCUAGACGUUUUAAAAUGCGUUAG